AUGAAAUAUUUUAUAGAUUAUGAAGAAAAUUCUUUUGUUACUUUCCUUACUGAGAAAUUUAAAGUUGAAGAAAAGAUACUUUUGGUUGUCUUAAACGCAAUUGCUUUGAUCCGGACAGAUGCAAUGAUGGUUAAUAUUUCUGAUUUGUCAUAUAUCGCUUUGGACUUUUUUGUUUACAUGAGUGAAUUAAAUGAAUCUAAAUUGAAUCCAUUGUUCGCUUUAUUUUACCGACACAAAAAACGAAUGGUACCAUCCUCUAUUUCUUCAGAAAUACCCGAGAAUAUCAUUAUUGCAUGUGACCCAGAUUCUUCAUUAGAUUUUGAAGAGGCUACCAUUCAAGCAAGGCAACUGUUUGAAAAGAUGUGUCCUGGUGAGGAGUUUUUGCCUGCAGGACCCGAUCCCGAUGAGGAAGAGUUAAUUGUUUAA